UUUCGGUGCCAACAUUUUCCGCCGACCUUCAACGAAACGCUGCACUUGUCAGACCGAAAGUUCAAUGUUAAACACACGCGAUGUUUUGUUGCUAGGAGGUGCUUUACCGCUACCAGCGUCUCCCACCUCCACUACCCCCCCCCCCCCGCCCCCAACCUACAGCCAUUCGCCCAGCCUCCCCUCCCCUCCCCUUCCCUCCCUCUGUCUCCCUUUGCGCUGCUGGAAUUGCAGACCUGUCUUGGGGAGGUGGGGGAAGCAGACGGAGCCUCAGAUCCAUUAUGCAUUAGGGCUGCGUCCCGGCUGCGACGGUGAUGCGACCGACGCAGAGUGCCCGCUGGUUGCUGAGCUAGUCUGCUUGGCUCCUACCUCUCCUCCCCUCUGGAGAGCGGCGCUGGGCUGGGCAGAUCUCUGUGCUGCUGAUACCUGGCGGUGGAUGGUGACAGUGUGCGGACACCAUGCAGGGCUGGCUCGGUAUCCGGCUCAUAUGCGCCCUGCUUCAGCUCCAGAUUGCAGGUUGCUUUUCAGGAGAUCAGGAAUACUUCAAGAUCAGAAGUCAGAAGAAGUCAGCUAGCAAUGGCAAGCCAAUGAUGAUUUAUCAGAAAGUACAGAGCAUCAAUAAAGGCUUGGACUUGAGUAGCACAGAGAUGCCAAGAAGCACAAUAAAAAUGCCACCAUUGAGCAAGUAUACAGACCAAAGCAGACCUCAUCCUGCCAUGAUUGUCAAAUCCGUUUUACCUCGAGUAUCCAAUGAGCGAAGCAUUCAUUUUGUAACAAACAAUGACCAUCAGUUAGAAAUUGAAAAGCUUCCUAUUCCUGAAGAUGACUUGAUUUCAGUGGCUAUACAAAUGGAUGUAAAAAAGUUGAACAUCACCUUACUUCGGAUAUUCCGUGAAGGAAUAGCUGCAGCCUUGGGUCUUUUACCACAGCAAGUACAUAUUAAUCAUCUGAAUGACAAGACGAACUGCAUUGAAUUUUAUAUAUCUUCAGUGAAUGAAAGAAGUGCCACAUUAGAUCCAAUACCUUCGGAUGAAGUGAUGCAAUCGCUCAAUGUAAAUAUGCUGCACCAAAGUCUGUCAGAGUUUGGCAUAACACAGGUUACACCUGAGAAAAAAAUUGUGCAUGGAGAACAUGGGAGGGAUGGGAUUUGGAAUAAAGAAGGAGUCUAUGCUGUGGUUAUCUUCCUCACUGCCUUUGUUAUUGUCAUUACAUGUUUAAUGGAAAAGGAGAAUAUUGUAGAAGAGAAGAAUGAGAUACGGGAUAUUAGACUAAAAAGAAUCAAGUUUCUAUACAGGUUGAAGGAAAAGCUUCAUUUUCAAAUCAACCAGGAUAAACAACAGCAUCAGUCAAUCAAUCUUUCCUCUAUUCCUGUGCAGCAGUCACAGCCAGAGGUUAAAAUUGCAAACAGUAUGGUACAGCCUGGCUCUCUUUCUGGCACUGUAAGUGUUAACAUUGAUCCCCAGGGUCGGCCUGCACCAGAAAUCAAGCCAUGUGUUUCUUCUGGUCCCUCACCAUUCAAAAUGAAGUCAGCUUGUCUUCAAGAAAGGAGAGGCUCAAACGUAUCGCUUACCUUGGAUAUGAGUACCUUGGGAAAUGUUGAAUCACUCAGUAUUGCACCAACACCCCGUGAAAAAAUAUUUCUGGAGUAUCUACAGACUGCCAGCCGGGUGCUCACAAGGUUGCAACUAAGUGAAUGUGUAGCAAACGCCCAAUCCCUUCAGGCUGAAUUCAUGGAAAUUCCCAUGAAUUUUGUGAAUCCCAAAGAGCUGAAUAUUCCUUGUCAUGGAGCUAAGAAUAGAUAUAAAACAAUUUUGCCAAACCCACAUAGCAGAGUAUGCCUCAUACCAAAGAGUGAAGAUGAACCUGUUAGCAAUACCUACAUUAAUGCCAACUACAUUAGGGGUUAUGGCGGUCAGCAGAGGGCAUACAUUGCUACUCAAGGCCCUAUGAUCAAUACAGUGAAUGACUUCUGGCGGAUGGUUUGGCAAGAGGACUGUCCUGUGAUUGUUAUGAUUACCAAGCUGAAAGAGAAAAAUGAGAAAUGCGUUUUAUAUUGGCCAGAGAAACGGGGAAUAUAUGGGAAGGUUGAAGUUCUUGUAAACAGCGUUACUGAAUGUGAGCAUUACGUCAUCAGGGACCUUACCCUUAAGCAGCAUGAAGGCAAGUGUCAAAAUAUAAAACACUAUUGGUACAAAUCCUGGCCUGACCACAAGACACCUGAUAGUGCCCAGCCACUAUUGCAACUCAUGCUGAAAGUGGAGGAGACCAGACAGAAAUCACCUGGUCGAGGACCAGUUGUUGUACAUUGCAGUGCUGGGAUAGGGAGAACAGGCUGUUUUAUUGCCAUCACUAUUGGAUGCCAUCAGCUGAAAAAUGAAGGGGUGGUUGAUAUAUUGAGUAUCGUUUGCCAACUGCGAAUGGACAGAGGAGGAAUGAUUCAGACAAGUGAACAGUAUGGAUUUGUACACCAUGCUCUGAGCCUUUAUGGGAGCACAAUCUCAGCAGACACUAGACAGUGAAUCUGUCAAAUAAUACAAUAUGUUCGUGAAAACCUUUAAUUCUAAGUUAUAUGGAAGUAAGGUGAAUUAUCUCUUGAAGGUAAUGAAAUAUAUAUUACCUGGAGAAACAAGAACAGGAAUCACCUCCAGGAGAAGGGCGAUACAAGUAAACACAGAAGCUACUCUCAGUACAACAGGAAAAAAAAAGGUUGCUGGAUUGAUUAAAGAUACCUGAGUGAAUGUUGUGUCAAUUUUCCUAAGUUCUGUUAUAGGAAAAUGCAGCUAACUGACUUUAUGUGAAAUAUUAUCUGUGUCUAAGUAAAGCCUUUUUUAUGUUAAGUUCAGUUCAAUAAUACUUGGAAACCUGAUGGUCUGAGAAAAGCAAUGCCUGUUGAAUUUGCUUUGAGAGAUAAAGAGAUUGGGUAGAAGUGUAACACCCAGCCCUUUAUCAAAUGUUUCUGUAUUUUGAACUCUUGGACACAGCUCUUGAUGUGAUUUAUUAAUAUAUAUACACAUGAAAAAUGCUAUUUCAUAAGUGGUGAAUUUUAUUUCUUUACCACAUUAUUGUCUUGCUGCUGAAAUGCACAAGUGUUUUAUUCAUGAAUUUUAAAUAAAUGUUCAAUUCUGGAAUCUUUUAAAACUCUCUAAAUGUUUUGUAUGCAAUGUAGAUGCAGGUUUUUAUUUGUGACAUGGUGUUAAAUUGUAUGCAUAUUUAUAAUCCUAACUAGCAGUCAGGAUGCACAAUGUUAAACAGUCACUGUAUGUAUUCUUAUGUCUAUGACAAUGUAUUUGUAUUGAGGUUGUCUAAAUGUACAAGCUUCUUAGAUAUUAAGCAAAUCCCUAUGAUUAACACAUACAGGAUCUCCCUCUCUCUCUCUCAUGUUGUGAAUUAGUGUCAAUAUUUUGUUUCUCCUGGCAGAAAAGAAGUGCAAUGUGGAAAUGUAUGGAAUGUAUAAUAAUGAGAAUGGAAGCCUGAAAAUAUGAAGCAUUGACUUAGCUUUAUUCUAUAUGCAGCUACUUCAUAUAUGUUCCAUUUGAUGAGACAUAUUUUAAAUUCCUUUUUUGUCAUGUGCAGGAAAUUGUUUACAUUAAUAAGUUGUUUACAGAAAGCAGUGUGGAAUCAGCACAGGAUAAUUUGUGUUUUUGUUCAGCCCUGUUAAUUUUUGUGUAUGAUGACAAUAAAUACAAUGAAUUUUUGAAA